AUCGACGUCAUGCUUUCCUGAAAGCCGCCCGCCUCGCGCUCGUUCCCGUGGCAGAAGUCCAGCUCCGGGUUUUACAGCGACCCCUGUCUGCGCCCCGCAGCACAGCAGAAUGAAAGCAGUGGGAAACAGAAACACUAUGGCUGCCAGUCUGUCUCUUACUCAGCUCUCCAGUGGAAAUCCCAUCUAUGACAAGUACUAUCGACAGCAGGUGGAUCCUUCUGGCAGUGGGCGUGUCGCAGCAGCUGAUGCUGCUCUGUUCCUGAAGAGGUCGGGGUUGGCUGACCUCGUCCUGGGAAAGAUCUGGGAUUUAUCAGACUCUGAAAGAAAGGGUUCGUUAAACAAACAGCAAUUCUUCAUUGCGUUGAGGUUGGUUGCUUGUGCCCAGAAUGGCCUGGAGGUGGCGCUCAAGAAUCUCAAUGUGGCAGUUCCUCCCCCUAAAUUUCAUGACAGCAGCAGCCCGCUCUCGGCCGGAGGAGUGUCGGUUGAUGCUCCCUGGGUCGUCAAGCCUGAGGAGAAGAUGAAGUUUGACUCCAUCUUUGACAGUCUGGGUCCAGUAGGAGGGAUGCUCUCUGGAGACAAGGUCAAGCCUGUCCUCCUGAACUCCAAACUUCCAGUGGACAUCCUCGGCAGGGUGUGGGAGCUCAGUGACCUGGACAGAGACGGCAUGUUGGACAAAGAUGAAUUUUCUGUGGCGAUGUAUCUGGUGUACAGAGCUCUGGAGGGCGAGCCCGUUCCCAUGUCCCUCCCUCCUCCGUUGGUUCCACCCUCUAAGAGGAAAAAGCCCGCCGUUUCUCCCGUGAUGCCCCUGCUCCCCUCGCCCCCCUCCGUCAAAGAUAGUCGCUCCUCCCACGCCGGUCCCAAAUCCGCUCCUCACCCUCCCAAACCCGCCCCAGCUCCUGCCCCGACGCCAGCAGCUGCCCCUUGGGUGGUGACGCCAGCAGAAAAAGCCAAGUACGAUGAGCUCUUCAGCAAGACAGACGGGGACAUGGACGGCUUAGUGUCCGGACCAGAAGUCAGAGAUAUUUUCCUGAAAACGGGGCUGCCCUCUGCCACACUGGCACGUAUUUGGGAGCUGUGUGACAUUGGGGACAUCGGGAAACUGAGCCGGGAACAGUUCGCCUUGGCACUUUAUUUAAUAAACCUGAAGCUGACCAAAGGCUUGGAGCCUCCGCAGAAUCUUUCUCCAGAAAUGAUCCCUCCCUCGGACAGACAGAACCUCAAGCAGAGCAAUGCUGCAAACCUGGCGGCUGACUUUUCUGCCAUUAAGGAGCUCGACUCUCUCAGCAACGAGAUUGUAGAACUACAAAGGGAGAAGAGCUCUGUUGAGGAGGAGAUCAAGGAGAAGGAGGAGGCCAUUCGACAGCGCACAGACGAAGUCCAGGAUCUUCAGGAUGAGGUGGCGAAGGAGAACGAGGAGAUGCAGCGGCUCCAGACGCAGCGUCAGAAAGUCCAGGAGGCCUUGGAGGAGCUGGACCAACAGAAGGCCUCUCUGGAGGAGCAGCUCGCCCACAUUCGACAGCAAACCAGCCAAGAGACCAAACUGAUUGCUUCGCUGCAGUCGGAGCACGACGAGCAGGAACAGAAGAUAUGCCAGUACGAGGAGGAACUGGUCCAGGCGCGGGAGGAGCUUCUGGCUCUACAGGAAGAGAGCAGGAAACUGCAGGAGAAGGUGAAGGCUGCUCAGGAGCAGCUCACGCCACUGCAGGAGUCUGUGCACGACUCCUUCACACAAGUUUCACAGGUGCGGCAGAAAGUGAAGGACCUUCAGGUGGAGGAGAGGUCGGUGACCGCCCAGCUCAGCUGGAAGCGAGCCCUGGAGGACAGCUCUCCGGUCAUGGUCAACGGCUCCGAGGGUCACCAGUCCGGCUCCCCAAACCAGGAGGACCAGCCGAAAGAGCUGAAGGUGGAGGAGCCUCCCGCUGCGAGCAGACAGCAGAAGAAUCCAGACGAGAAAGAUCAAACCAGAGAGACGGAAGGAGAAGAGGAGAAAGGAGGCGAGAGUCCCAAGAAUCGGGAGGAAGAAGCCACAAAACCUGACGCUCUGGACGAUCUCUUUGCCAGCUUCGCCUCUUCUGAUUUGUACAACAGUCUUUCUAAGACUCAAGAGGCCAUCGUUAGGGAAAGCAGCCCAGCUCUCAAUGUCUCCACUGAGACCAUCGAUGAUGAAGAGGAUUCUCCUAAAGUCACACCACUAAAGGUGGAUUCUCCAGAGCCGGAGAGCAAAGACGACCCGUCAGAGUCGGCAGAGACGGCCGCCUCCUCGCUGCCUCCUCAGGUCGUCCCGCGCUCCUUACCGCCACAGACCAGCCCCCCAUCCCUGCCCGAGAUGGACUUUUUCCAUUCAGACCCAUUUACUGACCAUGAUCCCUUUAAAGACGAUCCUUUUGGAAAAUCCGGUGUUGCUGACCCGUUUGAGGGAGAUCCGUUUAAAGGUACAGACCCUUUCGCUGUGGACUCCUUCUUCACACAAACCCCCGGCACCGCCUUCUCCACGGAGGACCCCUUCUCCGCUCCGGCCGACCCGUUUGGUACGACUCCCGGCAUACCAGAACCAGACCUGUUUGCAUCCAAGUCGAAUGACACGGCUGCAGGGCCAGCAGCUGCAGAUCCGGAUCCUUUUGCAUCCAAGGACUCCAACCCUCCGCCGGCGCCCAAAGAUCCGUUUAGCUCCGCAGGGAACAAGGGGAACGCCUCGGAUCCUUUCGGGGGGAACGCGAGCCCCGCAGAGGGGGAGGCCGAUCCGUUUGCCUCUCAGGACGGAGGAACGGAUCCGUUCAACUGUUCUCCACCCAGUUCUGAGCUGACAGUGAAGGCUACCUCACUCAACAACGAUCCAUUCGCACCAGGUGGUACUAAAGUAAACGCCUCGUCAGAUCCAGAUCCGUUUGCUGCUGUGUUUGGUAAUGAAUCGUUUGGAGAAGGUUUUGCGGAUUUUAGUGCCUUGACUAAGUCAAAUGGACCCGACCAGUUUGGCAUCAACAACAAGAACCUUUUCCAAGAGGAAACCCCGCCUGCCGACGUGCCCCCAGCUCUGCCCCCCAAAACCGGUACACCCACGAGACCUCCCCCUCCCCCUCCAGGUAAGAGAUCGUCCGUCUCUAGAACCGAAUCCUCCGAGUCCUUCCAGCGAAGACCCCCGUUCCACCCACAGACCGGCGGGGACUUCUCCUCCUCCUCCUCCUCUUCCUCCUCCCUGCCUGCCAAGGAUCCUUUAGCUGACCCCUUCGCCCCCUCCUCCCCUCCUCGUCAGAACGUACGGGAAGCCGAUCGGUUUGCCAGCUUUGAUAAAUAUCCAACAGAAGAAGACAUGAUAGAAUGGGCAAAGCGCGAGAGCGAGCGCGAGGAAAAGGAGCGACUAGCAAGGCUAACCCAGCAGGAGCAAGAGGACCUGGAGCUCGCCAUCGCGCUAAGCAAGUCUGAACUUUCCUGAAGAGACUCCGCCCACUCCACUGGCCUGGCUUGGACAGGCACGGCACAGGCUGGCCCGGCCCGGCCCAGAAUGCACCAAAGCGACUCUGGGGAAAGGAUGUGGCCACGUCAGCAGGCAGACAAAAAAACAGAGAUUACACAGGACUCUCCAAAUCCUUUUUUUUUUCUUUUCUUUUUGUUUUUAUUUUUUGGGUCAACGGUAUUUUCAUCUCCUGCAGAACCGAAUGGAGGGAAAUUUGUUCCAAGUGUAACACUUCAUGUUUUGAGCGUAAAACGUAAACAUUUUGUGUGCUCAAAAAUUAUUUUUAAAAAUCUUAACUUAAAAGAAAAUCGGAUGCAACCUUUAAAAUGUGCCAGCCAAUCACAGACAGCCCAUCAGUCUGACUGACCAAUCAGCAUUGAGCUGCUUUUUUUUCCUGUUUCAAGUUGAGCACACAACAUUUUUAAGUUUUGUGCUCAAAAUAGAUAUUGUUGCGCUUGGAAUAAUGGCACAAAAAUCCCUCCAUACAGAACAAAACAAGUUUAGUUUUUGUUCAAAGAAAUCGCUGUGAAAACAUCUUCCACUCAGACCACAAUAUGAAUUCUCCAGAAUGUAGUUUAUUUGAACGUGCACUCAGAAGGAGAUUGUGUUUUCUAGCUUCUAACCAAACUCACUACUCCUUUAAUCCGACUGUAGGAAGGACAUUUCUAAUCAGAUUUACACCUAAAACCACUCAUCUCUGAAGGUUUUCUGGACAUUCUGUCUCUUUUAAAUGAAGAGACUGUAUUUUUCCAGAUAACAAAUGAGACUUUUGUCUCCCUCUCCUGGUUUUUUUCAGUCAUCUCUACCAUGUUUAGCUAGAAUCAUCAGGUGGAAAAAACAAAACAAAUGUACAGUUGACACUUUAUUCCUCCGAAAUGUGCCUCCUAACAGAAGCUCUUUAAGGUUUUUCCUGACUACAAAAAGAUCAGCAUUAAAAGUGAGGCGACACUACACUGAUUUUCACAAGCAGUUUUGCAUUUGCUACCUAAAUAAAAAAAAUCCUCUUUAGCUUUGAUACCAAACUUUCUUAAAAGUGGCUAAAAAUUCUGGAAAGAUAACAUUUCUGCAGAGUUUGUGAUCAAAAACCUUUAUAUUCAGUGUUUAAUGUGCUUUUUAUUUGAGUUCUAACAACUAUUUUUCACCUGUUUUCAUUUCAGAAUACGCCAAUCAGGGUGCUCCGUUCAGUUAGCGUUUGUGUGUUUCUGGAAGACUUUUUUGUUUUUUGUUUUAUCCUCUUUGAGAAACUGUUUCGUCUUAAAUCAUCUGAAAAAAAUGACCCUCCAUAUGUUGGGAGGAUCAAAGCUGGCGUAGAACCGCACAUUCACUCCUCCUCCUCACAGCAACCUCUUAUUUCUUUUUAACAUUUUUGAAGGUUUCUAAAAAAAAAAGGGACGACUAAAAGUGAUGUCUUUUCUGACCAAAACUUGCACGGACUGCCCUGAAUUCUGUUUUUGGGGCCUGCAGUACUUCUUUUUUUGUCGUUUUAACAGUUUACUCUGCGGUUAAAACGGAGCUUGCAUCUUUAACGUGUAUUGUAAAUACAGGAACCGUUGCAUGUCUGCUCUCCGGGUCGGAUUUUACGCUAAAACUCCACGGUAGUUUGUCUCGCCGUACAUUUAAUGUUACUGUCGUUUGUACAGAAAAGAAAAAAACCACUUAAGUCUAUAGGCUUGCUCCUGAAGUCUUUUUAAAAUGCACGCUAAUUAUUAUAUUUUAAUUUGUAUUUCUUGUAAGAAAAGCAUCAUAUAGAAGACUGGCCAGAAUGUCAUGCAUUUAACUGAAGCUGAAUAAAUAAUAAAAUGUCUAGUUUUA